UAAGGUCAAAUAGAGAAGGUAGGACUUUGGGAGCAAAUUUGACCACGAAUAGGAAGGAGAAAAGAGUUGAAAAGUAAUAUGCAAAAAGGCAAAAAAAAUUGAAAGUGCUGACAGGGAGGAAAAAGGGAUGUGACAGAACAGCACUAUCUUUACAAACGAUGUGAGGGAAUCCAACUGCAUUCCAAGAUCUCAUAGGCCACAACAACUUGUGGCUCAAAAUUUUCUCCUCUUUGCUGAAGUGGCACCAUAUUUUCUCUUACCCACUUAGUUAAUAAAAAAUACAAUAAAUAAAACCUUCAAACCCCUUCAUACACAAAUUUUCUAUGCAUCUUCCCUCCUUCUCUCUCUCUCUUUCUGAUCCAUCAAACAAUAUAAUAUCCCUUUUUUUUUUAUACAAAUUAACAUAACAUGAGUCAUAAAUUAAAAGUUACUAACACUUCAACAACUACUAUAUAUUCCAUCUCAUAAUAUUUUCACUCAUUUUUUCCUAAAAAAACUGAGUUGCACACAGAUUUUCCUACAGAAAUGUCAGAGGUAAAAGACCCUGCGAUAAAGCUCUUUGGCAGGACAAUUCCGCUUCUUCCACUGAUCAUCCCUGCCAACGACUCUUCAUUUCCCUCUUCUUCUCCGCCAGAAUUCACCUCUGCAAUACAACAUGAAACUGAGGAACCAUCAAGGAAAGAACUAAUUACAGCACAAGAUGAUGAAGCCUCGCAAAAAACUACCGAGGAUUUAAGAGCUCUCACAACAUCUUCAGUUGUACAUGAGAAUCCUCCUAAGACUCCAUCAGCUGAAACCGAGAAUUCUUUAUUGAAAUCUUCUACAAAUGUAGAACAAAGCGAGACUAGUGUUUCUGAAGAAAAAACUUUGAAGAAACCUGACAAAAUAAUUCCAUGCCCGCGAUGCAAUAGCAUGGACACCAAAUUUUGUUACUUCAACAAUUACAAUGUCAACCAGCCUCGUCAUUUUUGUAAGAAAUGUCAAAGAUAUUGGACUGCAGGAGGAACAAUGAGAAAUGUUCCUGUUGGAGCUGGUCGCCGCAAGAACAAGAACUUAUCUACCUCGCAUUAUCGACACUUGAUAAUUCCAGAGGGAGCUAAACUUAAUUCCCCUAAUGGAAUACAUAGUUUGGGAAAUGGAGCAGCUGUUUUGACGUUUGAUUCAAAUCCUCCACUUUGCAACACCAUGGCUUCUGUAUUGAACAUCGCUGAAAGAACUCAAAAUUGUGUGUCAAAUGGUUUUCAUCAUGCAAGUUCGUAUGGUGGGGAAAAUGAUCACUCAAUUGGAGUUUCGGUUACGGCUUCAAAUUCAUCAGAGAGAAAAAGCCACACCAGCACAAAUGGGUUAGUGGAUAAAGGAGUUGAAGGUUUCCCUCCUCAGUUACAACAUAUUCCAAGUCCCUUUUUGCCUUACACAUGGAAUUCUGCAAUGCCUCCUCCUACCUUUUGUCCACCAAACUAUCCAUUAGCAUUCUAUACUCCCGUAACUCCACCUGCAUAUUGGGGUUGUAUGCCACCUCCAUGGAAUAUACCAUGCAUCUCACCAGGAAGUGCUUCUGUUAAUGAAAGUGACUCUGCUCAUAGUUCUGUACCGACUUUGGGGAAACACUCAAGGGAUGGAAACAUCAUUACCUCAGUCAACUCACCAAAAGAAAAGCCUGAAACUGAACACAAUAGUACCGAAAGCAGCGUUUUGAUCCCAAAGACACUUAGAUUUGAUGACCCAAGUGAAGCUGCAAAGAGUUCAUUAUGGUCAAAGCUUGGGAUCAAUAAUGACAAGGCCAAUUCUCUCAAUGGAGGAGGCAUGUUCAAUGGAUUUCAGUCCAAGGGAAAGGACAUGAAUCACUCGGUUGGAACGUCACCGCUGAUGUAUGCCAACCCUGCGGCUUUAUCGCGGUCUCGUACCUUUCAUGAGGAAACCUAGUUGUGAAUUGCAUUGAAAUACAUCAGAUUACACUGCUAUGAGAAUUGUAGCUAUAUCAAUGCAACCUUAUUCUGCUGACAAGUUCUUGAUCUUUAUUAUGCUCAAAAGGAAGUAUAGUUGACCAACCUCCAUGCAAGAGUCCUAGGACAACAGUGUUGUACUUUAGCUGUUUAGCCUCAGUAGCUGCUAUCUUGAGCCUGCCUAACUGAACAGGUGUUUCUGUUGCAGAUUUGAUAAUAUGUUGGGUAAAUAUCUUGAUGUACAUAUAGAUAAUAUAUAUAUAUGAGACAGAAAAAGAAAAAGAAAAAAAACAAGGCGAACAGAGAAAGGAAAGAAGAUUCUUAGGCUAAAAUCCAAUUGUUUAGAAUAAAUUUGUUAAAUCUUCAUUGGAAGCCUGUUGUUUUGUUACCUUUUUUUGAAGAUUCUCUCAUACAAUAAUGUUAGUCUCAAAGAAUUAUGAUAUUUA